AUAUAAUCCCAGUAUAUGAGGGUGGUCAAUAAGCUUCAUGAUUGCUAUUUCUCUUUCCACCUGAAGUAAAUACAAAGACAUCAAGUACAGAGAUAACGCUUUGUUUCUCUCGUUGGCAAUUUCGCGUCAUUUGUGAUUUCCCCUCGAGACGCGAUGAAGUGGUAUUUGAUCCUAAUACAGUUGGUGCUUGUAAACGUUGCAUUUGUGACGUCAACGAACGUGACGUCAUACACGUUACCAGGAGCAACGCAGAACCUCGGCAAAAUAACAACGACGGGAAAUAUAAGCGUUGUUGGUGGAACGGAUUAUUUUCUGGUGAUAGACUAUCGAACUAAUAAUGUGACAAAGAUUCAACUUAACCCGACGAAGAGAGAUUUAUGUCAGCGAUACGGGAAUAUAGAUUGUUACAACUUCAUUAAAGUAAUUGAGAAAACCGACGACAAUUCGUUUCUCAUAUGCGGGACAAAUGCGAAGUCCCCAGCAUGCUGGAACGUUAACGUACAGACAUACACAGUUACACCAUCCAGUUUGACAUCCAUUAGAGAUUGGUUGCCGGUCACACAGAAUAGCAAGAUAAUUACAGGUCUUCUUCCACACUCAUCAGGAAAUGAACUUUACACCAGCAGUUGUGUCAGUUUAAAGUGCAAGACAACGCGCCAACUCACUCACCCACUAAAGAGCUAUGAUGCCAAUAAGGAAUGGUAUAACAAGGCCGACUUCCUCAACAUGUACUUCGCAACCGACGAUUCAAAGAUUUAUAAUUUUUAUCGCGAUGAACGAAGUUAUUUUCUUUAUGAUGGUUUCACAUCAGGUGGUCCCCCAGCCAUGUACGGGAUGGUUUCAAGACUGUGCAGGGCUGACAGGGGUGGUGGUGUUCGAAUGACUAACAAUUGGAUGACAUUUAUGUCGGCGAGGUUGCUCUGCCCCUCCCCUGGUGGUUCUAACCUUGGUCGUCUAAGCACCUACUACAACUACAUGCGUUCAACUUACCAGAUAGGCAACACUGUUUUUGCUGUGUUUGGGUUUCCAAGCUCUUGGGGAAUGCCAGCCACUGCUGUUUGUGCAUAUGAUCUUAAUGAGAUUGACACCUAUAUGGAUGGAACUGUGUUUUCCAACAACAUCACGUUAUAUUAUGAUGGGAGGGGACCGCCUUACAGUAAAACCUACAAUGAACUGGGCUUAAGACCAGGACAGUGUCCAACAUCUAGUCUUCCCACCACAAAUGUACCCGGCCCUUAUCAAACGUUUAUUGAGAACUCAGUCAUCAUUGCAAAUUCUGUGAAACCAAUUUCUGGGAAACCCUUGUACAUCCACAAUGGUGACAACUUUGACUUCCAAGUUGGUGAAAAAGUUGGAGAUUACAACGUGCUUUAUCUUAUUAAAGCUGAUGGCACAAUGCAUAAACUUCGACUUACAACUGGUGGGACUGGCCAGCUGACUGGUUCUGUCUUACUUUCGAAAUCUAUGCUGAACAUUUCACAGCCAAUAUUGUCAGUUUCACUUGAAAAUAAGAUGAUGAUAAUUGUGACCGCACAAGAAGUUCUUCGAAUCUCCUCAUUUGAUUGCUCAAGCUACAAGUCAUGUGACACAUGUGAGGCAGACCCUGAUUGUGAUUGGUUGGUUGGAAGUUCAGUUUACUGUGACUCAGCCCAAAGCGUUUCAGUAUCAACAUGCCCUGCACCACCAGCAUCACCUAGUGGCCAAAGCUCAACCACUACAGACACAAACGUCAAUCUUUCAUGGAACGCUGUCAGUGGUACUCAAUAUGUUGUCACCAUUACCAAGAAAUCUGACAACUCACAAGUUUAUCAGCGCGUGGUUAAUAACUCUCCUCUUGUGUUGGCAAAGUCUUCACUUCCACAAGGAGAACGUUUUGUUGCAUCAGUUCAAGCAAUGAUGUCACGUAUUCUUAGCCCCUCAGCUAACAUGGAGUUCCAAACCUCGCUGUCGACCCCCGUUGUGUCUGCCACACAUCAGCGAUCUGAUGAUGUCACAAUCACAUGGGAUAAAGUUCCACUGGCUGCGAAUUACAAAGUUAAUGUUUUGAGGGAAGCAGAAACACUUCCAUUUCUUAGUUACAUCAUCAUUGCAAUGCCAACAGCAGCUGGCUCUCCUUCUGUCCGUAUCCAUGGUUUGCAAGUUGGUGAGGAAUACAAAGUGAAAAUCUCAGCUAUUUCAUCCUCAAAUGUAGAAUCGGAAGCCACUGAAGUAACAUUUGUCUUAACAGAUCCUACUUCUGCGUAUGUCUCCACUACAACACCGGUUACCAUAACAACCAUUGGAGUAACCCCUACACCCCAAAACACAACACCCAUGUUAGGCGCUAUGCCAACAUCACAUGCAACAGAAAGUAAAACAACUGAGGUUCAAACCAUGCCCACUGAGGCUGUAACCCCAGCAGCAUCGGCCCGUGUAGAAUGUUGGGACUUAGAAGACCCAAAGUCAAUGGAAACCACAUACAUCACCCUUAUACUGAUAGGGUUGGCCAUAAUAAUAAUUGCGAUUGGCAUUUUGAUGCAGAACCAUUUAAGCAUUGGUAUUCGAAAUAAUACUUUGAAACCAGAAAAUCAGAACCUCGUUCUUCGACGCAAAUGGUUUCUUUUAUGGAUAAGAAAUGAAUCUUCAGCUUACCAGGAUGAAUUGGUGGAGCGAAAUACAACAACGGAAGUGGGCGAAUCGCUGAAGAGAAACUAAAUGGUGAGCCUUCAUCUCGUACGGAUGAAUGCAGUCCUGAUGAAAUAAAAGUAGCUAUCACAUGACAGUUUGAGAAUAAGACAUUUUAAGUUUAAAAAAACUGUUCAGUGUUUUUAUAACAAUCAUUAUCUUCAAAGAAACAAAUGUCGAGUUAUAGGUAUUGCACUUCAGCCUUAUAUGUUGUACUAACUAUUGCUUUAAAUUUUUACUGUGAUCUCUUUGUUUUAAUAUUGUUAAUAAACUAUUAAUGAAAAACAA